AUGAUGGAGCAAAAUCAAGGACGACAUGGUGGACUAGGUUUCAUCAUAAGUCCUAGAUUACUACCUUAUGUCACAGACUAUCAGUAUACCUCAGACCGGGUUUCCUAUCUUAAUGUCGUCAUUCCUUCUAAUCUCUCAUCCCAUCCUAAAAAUAUCAGAAUUGUUAACGGUUAUGGCCUGACUAAUCCUAAAGCAGAAGGAAACCCUGCCCUUCUUAGAAAGUUCUACAGAGAACUCACCCAUGCUAUUUCAGUUCCUGCAUCUCAUGAAUUGUUUGUUUGUGGUGAUCUCAACAGUAAGUUGGGAACCUUAUCUCCUUUGGACUAUCAGUAUGGUGUAACAGAGUAUAUGGGCAAGUUUGGAAUGGGUACAAGGAAUUUCAACGGUGAACAUUUAUUAAACUUCAUGUGCUUAAACAAACUGUUUGCUACCAAUACCUAUUUUGAUCAUCCUUGUAGACAUCGAACUACUUUCUCUAUGUGUAUUUCUGCCAAAGGUCGCCCUAAAGGUAGCAAACUUACUCGUCCAGUCUUUGCCCAAUUAGAUUAUAUUCUGUGCAGAACACGCAGCAGAUUCAUGUUCCAAGAUUGUAGAGCAUAUGGCGGUCUUGCUACUAACUCAGACCACAGACUCGUUGCUUGUAAGAUCAAACUAGCCCCCUACUACAAAAUCUUUCCUACAAAAAAGAUAAGUUCAGUAGUUAAGAGAUAUAACAACUCCCUGCUCACCACUGACCUUCCCACCAAAGUCAAAUACCAACUUUCAGUCGAACAGAAAGUCAACAACUCUCAGGUAACAUCAAACCCUAAUGAUGAUCUCACUAACCUGAUGGAUGUCCUUAAGACAACUGCUGAUGAAGUAAUCGGGACACUACCACGCUCCAGAAACCGUAACUUCAGUAGUGACUCAACUGUUGAAGCCCUUGUAAAAGAGAGACAAACCCUGCAAGCUGCACUUAACUGUAACAACCAAGUUGCUGACAGAACUCAAGUCCGUACAAGGAUCAACAGGUUACAGAAAGACAUCCGUAAGCAUCUCAAGAACCUUGCUGACACACGUGCCGAUGACAUCGCUCGAACCAUCAUGUCAACAGAUGACACAAGGCAGAUGUUUGAAGCUGUGCGUACUCUAGCUGACACUAAGCCCAAAUCUACUAUCAGUGUCCACAAUGAAGAAGGUAACUUUGUUGCCACAGAUGCUGGUAAAGCUCAAGUGAUCAGAGACUACUAA